CGGAGGAUGGAGGUGGCACCGCCCAGGGCUUGGAGGCCGGACACUCUUCCCGUCAGCGAGUUCAUCAGCUCCCUCAAGAACUUCCACAGAGGUCCAAGCAUUUGUUCUAGCAUCAGACUUAUAGAUGAAGGUCGAAAUUGUGUUACCAUUGGUUGGAAUAGACCCAGUGACCCAGGUAGUUCUGCUAUUGCUGUUUACAGAGUUGAACUGCUUGAUGAAAAUGAUGAGUGGAAAGAGUUGGGGUUGUCACCAAGAACAGAACUUGAUAUAUAUGGAUUAAAAGGAACUAAAACUGUUAGAGUAACAGCUGCCAACAACCAUGGUUGGGGAGAACCUGUGCAAGAAACAUUAAAAUUACCAGAAACUAACUUUUUUCUUCCAUAUUUCUCCACAGAGUUAGAAGGACAGUUAAAUGUAUCUCCAAAUGAGAGAGUUACAUUAUCCUGCAAAGCUGAAGGAAAUCCAGAACCAGAGCUACAUUGGUUCAAAAAUGGGGAACUUCUCAGAGUCAGCGGGAAUGAGUUGGUUCUUGAGGGGCUUAAAGAAGGAGGUCUUUAUGUCUGUGAAGCAAGGAAUUAUCUUGGAAAGACUAGUACACACUGCUAUAUAUCUAUAGAUGUACCCGGGUCUCAUCUUCCAGAGAAGCAUAAAAUUAGGUUGCUUCCUCCUGAAGGCGAAUAUGGACCAGAAAUAAAAUACCCUUUAAAGGACAGAGAAGUAGAUUUAGGAGAAACAGUAAGGCUUACACUUGAAGUUGUUGGAGAGCCAAAGCCUAUUAUCGAAUGGCAGAGAGAUGGCGAGCCAGUUAGAAAUGAGAAUUAUCAUAUAUUUUCGGAGGGAGAUUUCCAUACUCUAGAAUUAGUAGCUAAGCCAGAAACUGAGGGAUUGUACACUGCACGAGCCAAAGGUUUAGGGGUUGCUGUUACAUCAGCUUUAGUGCACAUCAAUCCACAUUCUCCAUGUCACUUUACUCUCCCUCUCGAGCCUUAUGCAAGAGUUGGACUAGGUGGAAGCAUAAGGCUCAUUGCAACAUUAGCACCACACUUACGACUAGCAAAAGUUAUAUGGUCACGUGAUGGAGUUAAUCUUGUACAGUCUCGGAACUGUGUAAUGACUCAUUCUGCUGGUGGAGAAGUGACACUUGAACUGGGACAUGUUACUCGAAGAGCUGCUGGUACUUAUACAUGUACUGUCUAUGGUAAGGGAGGAAUGAAGGCAGAAUCAAAGUGUGAGAUUGAAGUAGUCAACUCCAUUACCCCAACAACCCCAGCUCCAUCUACCCCUAUACCAUACUCUAAAAAACCACUGUUUAUUAUGAAGCCAAGAAAUGUAGAAGGACUCGAAGGAGAUACAAUAAUUCUAAGCUGUGAGGUAGUUGGUGAUCCUAAUCCCACAAUUACUUGGCUUCGGGAUGACCUCAAGAUUUCCCGCUAUAGCAGAGACCAAGGCGAAUUCCGCGAACGUCGAUCGGGCGCAGAGAGCAGCCUCGAGAUCCGGCAAGCCAAGCUAACCUACACCGGCAAGUACACAGCCCAAGCAUCCAACAUCCAUGGCCAGGCCACUGCCGUCAGCACGGUUCAGAUCUUCGCCACCGGGCAAGGGAAGACAGUGAAGAACUCCGAGGGCGGACUCGUAGAAGCGGAGUGCGACAGCCUGCCGCUGAUAAGUAGGCCCCUCAGCGACACCACGGUGACACUCGGGCACCCUCUCUACCUCGAGUGCAGGGUCAAGGCAGAACCUGAACCUAUUGUCAUUUGGACCAAGGACGGAAAGUUGGUCAAACGAGGCAAGAAUUGGUUUGAGGCAGAAACAGCAGCGCUUGAAAUCCCAGAGCCUUGCCUCACCGACGAAGGUACUUACACCUGUACCGUCACCAAUCCGCUUGGGACAGCAACAACAUCUGCCUACGUUCGCGUACUUGAUUCACUAAGUAAUGCAGCAAAUCCUCCGCCUUCAGUAUCACCAUGCGUAACUAGGUGCGGAGUGGACACCGACACCAUCGAAGAUAAGAAAAGACGGAGGUCUAGCGCUCCCCGGUUCCUUUCGGUGCCCCACAGCCAGGUUGUGAGGGAAGGAGAGGAAGUCCGCCUCUGCUGUUCUGUCUCCGGUUGGCCGCAGCCCUACACCCUCUGGAGGAGAGGCCAAGAGCCUGUGUCUCCGGCCUUCAACGUCUUCGAGGAGGACGACCUCAGGUGGCUCAUAAUACCCGCCGCCAGGAGGGAGCACGCCGGGGUAUACACUGUCGUCUGUUCCAAUACCAGGGGGACUAUUCAAUCAUCUGCUCUCAUUCAAGUGAUAAACAGGAUGUGCGAGGAAACAGCCACCAUUAUCACCACAGGCCUCCCAGACACCCUAGUAGCCCAUGAAAGUCAACCACUGGAACUGUCUGUCACAGUAAGCACAGGUGAUGCGAUUUGGGAGAGGAACGGUCUGAAGCUUCCCAACUGCCAGGACUUCAGCCAAGAAGUUGUUGGGUGUGCUCGGAGGUUGGUCGUCAAGGACAUAUUUCUUGAGGACUCUGGUACGGUCUAUUCUUGCAGGGUCGUUUCAGGAGACAGAGAAGAGAUCACCUCUACCAAAGUUAUCGUCAAAGUUUCAGAAUGUGAGAGUUCCCGAGAUAGGCCGGCGAAGCUGGUUCGGCCACCUCAGGACCUCAGCGCUCUCCGUGGAUCAAGGGCUAUACUCCAGGCUGUGUACACCGGCAUACCCCAGCCCUCCGUCGUCUGGUACAAAGGGGGACGGCGACUCAGCGGUGGCGGCCGGAUCACUCUGACCAACAGCGACGGGGUGUCCUCCGUCAUCAUCGACCCCGUGACCACCGAUGAUUCGGGCAAGUAUGUGGUCACCGUGACCAACAGGGUCACCACCGACACCCAGUUCGCUUCUCUCUCUGUCAAAGGUGCUCCAGAUCCACCAGCAGGUCGACCUAGUGUCACAACGGCCCACAGUGGUGGAGUAACUGUUGCUUGGUCGAGCCCACAUUACGAUGGAGGUGCCAUGAUCACUGGGUAUACCGUUGAAUUAUCUGAAGAUAACACACUAUGGACCACUGUGGCACAUUGUUGUGAUAGGUUGUCUCAAACUGUCAAAGGUCUUUCUCCUGGAACCAGCUAUAGUUUUAGGGUUCGAUCUCACAAUGCCCAUGGUCCAAGUGACCCGGGACCUCCAUCACAUCAACUCACAGUCACGCAUAUCGAUUUUUGUGAAGAAGAGAAAUGGGAGAAGGUCACAAUAGCUCCAGGUGAAGGCAUGGAGGAUAAAUAUACAAUCCUUGAAGAAAUCGGUAAAGGAAGAUAUGGUGUGGUUAAGCGUGCAGUCGAAGUAAAAAAUGGAGAACUAAGAGCUGCUAAAUUUGUGAGGACUCUAAAGCGACAAGAUAGAGAAAAUGUUGCUGAUGAAAUAGAUAUUAUGAACUCUCUGAGGCACCCUCUGCUUCUUAGGCUCUUUGGAGCAUAUAAUCUUCCUAAAGAUAUUGUCAUGAUACUGGAAUAUGUUUCAGGAGGUGAGCUGUUUGAAAGAGUUGUUGAUGAUGAUUUCACCCUUACAGAAAGAGACUGUAUUCUCUUUAUGAGGCAAAUCUGUGAAGCUGUGGCAUAUAUCCAUAGUCAAAAUAUUGUUCACCUAGACCUUAAACCGGAGAACAUAAUGUGCACCAGCAGAUCUUGUCAUGUAAUUAAACUAAUAGAUUUUGGAUUGGCGAGGAGGUUAAGUUCUGAUAGUCAACUAAGAGUUUUAUUUGGAACUCCUGAAUUCAUACCACCUGAAAUUAUAAACUAUGAACCAGUUGGAUUCCAAAGCGACAUGUGGUCUGUCGGUGUAAUUGCCUACGUAUUAUUGUCAGGAUUAUCACCAUUUAUGGGAGAAAACGAUGCAGAAACGUUUGCAAAUAUUACACGUGCCCAAUACGAUUAUGAUGAUGAAGCGUUUGAUAACAUAUCACAGGAUGCCAAAGAUUUCAUUGCUGAUCUUCUUGUCAAAAGGAAAGAAGACAGAUUAAGUGCUGAGGAAUGCUUGAGGCAUAGGUGGAUAUCUCAAACAGAUGACACUAUGUCACAAGUGAAAAUAAGUACGGAUAAAUUGAAGAAAUUUAUUAUCAGAAGAAAGUGGCAGAAAACAGGAAACGCGAUCCGAGCCCUCGGCAGGAUGGCUACACUGUCCCGUCGGGGAGCUGGUGCCACAAAGCCUGAGCCAGCUGACUUCAGGAAUAGAGCUUUUUCUGAGAGGUCAGAUUCAGGUUUCAGUGACACUUGCUUGAGUUCUCAUGGUCCAGGACUUGAUUCUUCCAUUGAAGAAGAACAGGAAUGUGAAGAAUACAUAAAACCAAAAGAGAUUGAGAAGGACAUCAGUGAAAGGGUAAUCUCCAAUAAGCCACCUAUUCUCAAAGUGACCCAACCUGAAAUACCAAAACUGCGACAGAAAAAAAUUCCAGGCUCAGAAAAUAUUCAAAAGGCAUUUGCCUUUUGGAAUAGGUAGCUGGAAUAAUAAACUUAAUGUAUAUAAGAGUUUAUUACGAAUAGAUAAUUAAGUACAAUAUUUAACACUGACAUUAAUCUAAUUGAAGCAAUAGUCUAUGUUUGUUUGUACCUGAAUAAUUAAACAAAAAGGAAAAAAAAGAAAAAUAUUGUUAAUUAAUAUUGCAUUAGAAAUUUCAUUAUUCGUAAAAUGUGUAUUUUAGUCGUUAGUCUCGUACAUAUGUAUGAUUACAAUUGAUUGUAUUUUAUUCUUCUAUACCAAAUAUGUAUUUAUUAAUGAAAAUAUGAAAUUUUACUACUUAAUAAUUUUUAUUUGAAAUUAUAAUGUUUUCAAAUAAAAGUAUUUUAAUCGUU